CUUAUCCUUCUCGAACCCCUUUCCCCCAGUUCUAGGAUUUUGUCAGAAAAGGCCAAGAUGCUGAAGCUCCUGGUGACCACCCUCGUCCCAUCCUUGAUCCUGGCGGCGCCUCCUCCCAUUAGCAAGCUGGCCCUCUUUCCCGACAAGAGCGCCUGGUGCGAGGCGAAGAACAUCACCCAGAUCGUUGGGCACAGCGGUUGCGAGUCCAAAUCCAUCCAGAACAGAGCCUGCUUGGGGCAGUGUUUCAGCUACAGCGUUCCCAACACCUUCCCACAGUCCACCGAGUCCCUGGUGCACUGCGACUCCUGCAUGCCAGCCCUCUCCAUGUGGGAAGUGGUGACACUGGACUGCCCCAGCAAUGAAGACAUCCCCAGGGUGGACAAACUGGUGGAGAAGAUCCUCCACUGCAGCUGCCAGGCAUGUGGAAAGGAGCAGAGCCAAGAGGGGGCACUCCUCAACGUCUACGUCAACGGCGACGAGAACCUGCCAGCUGAGGGUCCUCACCCCCACCCCUACGGCCACCACCACCCAGGGGAAGAGGCCUCCAACCACCACCACCAUGAAGACGAGGCCAAGGACUGACCUCCGACUUUCCGGGGGGUGAACUGCCCCUUCAGCCCAGGCCUUGACGACUUUCCCCCCGCCUCUCAAACACCCAUCAUGCUUUGCUCUUGGCAAUGUCGUCGUGGGGAAGCAGAGGCCAAGCUGAAGGCGGACCUUUCACCGGGGGCGGCCAAUGGGACAAGCUGGCAACCGGCAAGAGAAUUGGGGGAGGGGGUGGUUGGGAGGGUGUCACUGACGAAAU